AUGCUGGCCCCCGGGGGGGCGCGGGAGGUGGCGUGGAGGGCCCUGGCGGUGGUGGGGCCGGCGCUGGCUGCGGGGGUCCUGGGCCCCGGCCCCGCCUGGCUGGUCCUGCUGGCCGCCCUGGGCCUCUGGUGGUUCAGGAACAGCCAAGGGAAGAGCCGCCGCCUCCACGAAGCCCUCCGUAGCCCACCGCCCCAUCAGCGAGACCCUCAGCACCUCAGAGCCUCGAUCCACUUCCCAGACAUGGAGCGAGUCGAGUGGGUCAACAAGAUUGUGGCUCAGAUCUGGCCCUACCUGGGCAUGAUGAUGGAGAAGAAAUUCCGGGAGAACCUGGAACCCAAGAUCCGGGAGAAGAGCAGCCAGCUGAGGACGUUCACCUUCACCAAGCUCUGCUUCGGGGGGAAGUGUCCCAAGAUCAACGGAGUCAAGGCCCACGCCAACCACGGCAACCGGAGACGGAUCACCCUGGAUCUCCAGAUCUGUUACAUCGGGGAUUGCGAGAUCAGUGUGGAGCUCCAGAGGAUGAGAGCUGGCAUCAGUGGAAUCCAGCUGCAGGGGACCCUGCGCGUCAUCCUGGAGCCCCUGCUCAUCGACAAGCCGUUCCUGGGGGCCGUCACCAUUUUCUUCCUCCAGAAACCGCAUCUGGAGAUCAACUGGACAGGCCUGACCAACUUUUUGGACGCUCCUGGAAUCAACGAGGUGACGGACGGUCUCAUCGAGGACCUGAUCGCGGCCCACCUGGUCCUGCCCAACCGGGUGACCGUGCCCGUCAAGAAGGGCCUGGACGUCGCCCGCCUCCGCUUCCCGCUGCCCUGCGGUGUGAUCCGGGUGUUUGUGCUGGCGGGCGAGCAGCUGGCAGCGAAGGACGGCUUCCUGGGCGUGCGGGGCAAGUCGGACCCGUACGCCGUCGUGCGCCUGGGGCCGGAGCGCUUCCGGACCCGCACCGUCCGCCAAAGCCUGGACCCCCUCUGGCACGAGGUCUUCGAGUUCAUCGUGUACGAAGUUCCCGGGCAGGAUCUGGAAGUGGAUUUAUACGACGAAGAUCCGGAUAAGGACGAUUUCCUGGGCAGUUUGCAGAUCAACCUUGGAAACGUGAAGACGAACCGGACGGUUGACGAGUGGUUCCCCCUGAGUGACACGCCACAAGGCCGGUUGCAUCUGCGGUUGGAAUGGAUGACACUCGUGGCCGCCCAGGACCCACCCCCGAAGGACCCCCGUGGGCUAAACACUGCCAUCCUCAUCGUCUUCCUGGAGAGCGCCUGCAACCUGCCUAGGAGCCCGUUCGACUUCGUCGACGGAGAGUAUCGCGCCAAGAAGCUGCCCAGGUUUGCCAAGGCCCGGGUGGACAAGGACCCGUCGGCCUACGUGAAGCUCUCGGUGGGCAGGAAGAUCGUCAAGAGCAAGACCUGUGCCAACAGCAAGGAUCCCGUGUGGAACCAAGUGUUCACCUUCUUCGUGGGCAGCGUGGAGGCCGAACGGCUGCAUUUGAAGGUGAUGGACGACGAGCAGGACUGCGUCCUGGGGGUCCUGGAGGUGGGCCUGGUCCCCGUCCUCGCCCAGCCGGACUCGGCCUUGGAAGAGCGAUUCCAGUUGGCCCGCUCCGGCCUCGACAGCCUCCUCACCAUGAAGCUCGUCCUCAGAGUCUUGCAGACGGAAGAGGGGGAAUCGGGGAGCCCCUCCACCGGCCCGGAAGCCCCGAAGGAAGGCCCUGUGCUGCUCAAGGGGUCGGGGGUCUGCCGGGACCCCAAAGGCCGGGCCUGUCCGCCCCGGGAGCCCCCCGCCCCGGCUCCUCCGGCCCCCACCGUGCCCGCAGCCAAGGGGGCCCAGAGGCCUGGCGAGGCGGAGGCGGUGGGCCCGGCGGACGAGCCCGGCCCUCGCACCCAGCCCCGGUUCCUGGCCGUCCCCCGCCCGUCCCAACCCCUCCAAUCCCCCCGUCCCCUUCGGCCCCCCGGGACGGCCCGGGCCCCGCGCCCCGCGCCCCCCAGCCUCGGCUCCCUCGGCUCCCUCGCCUCCUCCUGCUUCGAGCUGAGCGACGACAACCUGGACGGCCAGCUGGCGGACCUCCCCGGUGGGACGGCCUUGGGCGAGGUGCAGCUGUCCGUCCGCUAUGCUCCCCUCCGACGCUGCCUCGUCGUGCUGGUCUGCGGCUGCAGGAACCUGCUCCCCUGCGGCCGCAGCAGUGUGGUAGACGCCUACGUGCGGGUCUACCUGCUGCCGGACAGGGGCCGGGCCGGUCGGAAGCGGACGUCCAUCAGGAGGAGGACCGUCAACCCCCAGUACGACGAGAGGUUCGAAUUCUCGGUGGGUCCGGAGGAGGUGACGGGGCGAUCGCUGGACGUCGCGGUGAAGAACAGCCGGAGGUUUGGGGGACCCCACCGAGGAAAGAGCCUGGGACAGGUUCUGAUUGAUUUCUCCGGCGAAGAUUUGAUCCGAGGCUUUACCCGAUGGUGGGAGCUGACCCCAGAUGGACGACCCCGCAGCUGAUCCGGGAUGGCCGGGCGGACGACCCCGCAGCCGACCCAGGACGGGCGGACCCCCCAGCUGACCCCGGAUGGACGGGCCCGCAGCUGACCACGGGCA